AAACAACAUCGAAGAUAACAAAAUUAAAACUUAAAAAUGAGUUCUAUUAUGACAUUUUUAAAUAAUCAAUAUUCAUCUCAGCAAAGUAGUAAGGCACAAAAAGAGAAUUACUUUCAACUUUAUCAAAAGAAUAGCAAUUUCGCUGCUGUAAAAUUCAUUUUUGAAUGUUGUAAUAAACUCGAAGUUAAACCAUCAACAUUUGCUUAUGCUGCUUCUAUCUUUCAUCGAGUUAUAAACAAUUUAUCCAAACUUGAUUAUGAUAAGUUUACUUUAGCGACAGGCUGCAUUUAUCUUGCUUCAAAAGUAAAUGAAGAUCCCAUUAGAUUGAAAGAUGUCAUAAAUGUCUCACAAGUUACCCUUAACAAAGAAGAAUGUUUAAGUCAACUUGGAAACGAUUCAUGGAUACUUUCAAUGAGAGAUUCAAUCGUUCAAUGUGAGCUUUUCAUAAUGAGAGUUUUGCAUUUUGAUCCAUCCAUUAAAUUACCUCAUACAUUUCUCUUCAGUUAUUUGAACGUUUUAGAAAAUUGGCUUGAUGAUGAAACAAUCGCUGUUACUCCAUUAUCUAAAACAGCAAUAUCUCUUCUCAGUGACUUCUAUUAUAAUCCCAACAUAAUUAGUUUCAAACCUGAACAUGUAGCAUUAGCUUGUGUUGUGCUUACUUUUCAAAUCUACGGUCUCAAAGUUCCAGGCUGUGAAGAUUCAGACACAUGGUUUACUGCUAUCAUUUCCGACUUAAGUAUUGAGCUGAUAUGGGAAAUUAUUGAUCAAAUACUCAGACUAACCAUGGCUGCCGAGGUUGCAGAUAACUAUGAUUAUGAGGAAACGGCGCAAAUUGUCGAUACAGUUGCACCAGUAGUAAACGCCGAACUUCCAGACAUUAAACUCUUCGGUCGAUGGAGUUGCGAUGAUGUUCAGGUUUCUGAUAUGUCUUUACAGGAUUACAUUGCUGUAAAAGAGAAAUAUGGACGUUACUUGCCUCAUUCAGCAGGACGAUACACUGUCAAACGUUUCCGUAAAGCUCAGUGCCCAAUUGUUGAGCGUCUUACUAAUUCAUUAAUGAUGAGAGGACGUAACAACGGAAAGAAGUUGAUGGCUGUACGAAUUGUGAAACACGCUUUUGAGAUCAUUCAUUUAUUGACUGGCGAAAAUCCUUUACAAAUUUUGGUCUCAGCUAUCAUCAAUUCAGGACCUCGUGAAGAUUCCACCCGUAUUGGCCGUGCUGGUACCGUCCGUCGUCAAGCUGUUGAUGUUUCACCACUCAGACGUGUCAACCAGGCCAUCUGGUUGUUGUGUAUUGGUGCUCGUGAAGCUGCAUUCCGUAACAUCAAAACAAUUGCUGAAUGUUUGGCUGAUGAGUUGAUUAACGCUGCUAAGGGCUCAUCAAACUCUUACGCCAUCAAGAAGAAGGAUGAACUUGAACGUGUCGCUAAAUCGAAUCGUUAAAGAACUGCAAGAAAUGUGGAGAUUCGUAUUCAGAUACAAUUUCAAACUUUUAUCUCCAGAAUUAUUUGAUAACAAUAAAAUCGAUAUAAAAGAAGCAAAGAAA